CUGAGGGCUCACAUACAACAUACGUGUUUGCCUGUAGUUGUGAACCCCUCGAAAAUUGACAAACUUUUGCGUGCAGCGAUGCUUAUGCUUGGCAUCAACAAUGAAUGAAUACGAAGCACAGUUGGUGGCUGUGGAACAGGCGCUGAAAAAUGCCACCGAUGAGCAGCAGCGGGAAGAACUGUCAGCGCUAAGAACGAAUCUGCAAGAGCUCUUGGCCCUCACUCGAGAGACAGAAACUGACCAAACAGCUCAAGAGGGGGACAUAUUGGACGAUGAGUUGCUACGGCUAAAGAGCGAACUAAAUGAACUGGAGGAGGCAGCUGCAACCGUUGGAGCCACAAAAAAUGAGGACGAAGAGCAACAAUUGGCGGAUCUGCGCGCCAAGUACAAUGCUCUAAUAGGAGAAAAAUGCUCGGCCCCUCACGAGCAUAGCUGGGGAGCCGUGAGCUAUCACAACGCGCUCAUCUGUGGCGUGGACGAUGAAGUAAUCAUCAACAGCAAUGCCGUCCUGGACGUUCGGUUGCGCGUGCUGUACAUAAAUCCCACACACUGCGAAAUGCUGCCCUGCAACUACUAUCUCGAGGGAGAGUGCCGCUUCGAUGAGAUACGUUGCCGUUAUUCGCAUGGUGCCUUGGUGCCCGGUGCCUCCAUCAAAAGCUACAUUCCCCCCGAUUUUCCCAGGCUUGCACGUAACUGUCCGGUGCUGGCCAAGAUGCCAGAUCGCCUGUGGCAUCGCGGGCGUGUUCUAUGCGCCAACUUAGUGGAGCAAACGUGUCGUGUACGUUUGGAUGGACAGGACCACAAAGAACGCGAGCGAGACUUUCAAUUUGAGGAACUUUAUCCACUGAUUGCAGAAGAGGAAGAUGAAAUGACCAGCGAGGACAGCACCUCAAGCCUACACGAUGGCAGCAGUGACGAGAUUGAAUCGGAUAUGGAUGACUUAGAGGCGGCGCAUCGAUCGCGCAUGGUCGAGUUAAGUUUAUUUACUUUUAAGCCAACAGAAAAAUUAGGCGCCUGGGAGCAGUACACACGAGGAAUAGGAUCCAAGCUGAUGGAGAAGAUGGGAUACAUCCACGGCACGGGACUGGGCUCCGAGGGCCGUGGUAUUGUAACGCCAGUAAGUGCUCAAAUACUUCCGCAGGGACGAUCUCUGGACGCUUGUAUGGAGCUGCGAGAGGCCGCCAAUGGAGACAAAGACUAUUUUAGCGUCGAACGAAAGCUGAAACGUGCCCAGCGCCGCCAGAACAAGGCCAAUGAGAAGGCCUAUGUUCGGGAGACCCAGCGCACGGAUGUCUUUUCCUUUCUCAAUGGAAGCGUGCUUGGCGGCAGUGGCAAGAGCGGUCAGCAGGCCGAGCAAGCAGCUAAGAACACAAAAACAAGCGAUCUGCAACAGCACUCGACUAAAACUCUCAAUGUGGAGACUGUGCGAGUGGCCGAUGACAUACGACGCAAGCAGAGGGACAUUGCUAAGGUAAAACAGUCCCUGGACCGCAAUGCCACCGAUGUGCAGCUGCAGAAACGGCUGCACAUGCAGUUACAAAGCCAGAAGCAGGAGCUGGCCACACUGCAGGCCCAUGAGCACAGACUCAGCAAAGAACAGAAUACGCGUAAGAAUAAAAUGUUUGAGUUUUAAUAAUGUUAUCCCCAAGAAUCGGGUAUGC